AAAUCAACGCAACUCUCACUGUUUCUUUAGUUUCUGUACGCUGUUUUUAUCAUAUGGUCAACAAAUUUUUAGCAGUGGUCUACGAUUUUUCCAAGCAGCUCAACGGUUUCUGGUAGUUCAGGACUUGGGCGGCCUUACCACUUCGGCAGUGUCUUUGAUAUAACACAGUGCUCGGUACGAUCAUACCAAUUACCGACGCAUCAUAUUAGCCGCGCUGAUUACAAGGCGGUCUUGCCUUGGUGUUGCCUCAGGAGGAUGUGUGUUUCCAAGUGGUUCCUCCUGGUUGCUUCACUCUCCAUCAUCACUGUUCAUUGCGCCCCUGCCACUACGCGAAAGGACGACACCGCCAAAGAGACCGCCGACUCGAUCAAAAAUGCCCCCAUUAAUCAAAUCCAUGAAAGUUCCAAAGACGUGCCGUCGGGGCCGAAAAAGGAUGCUCCCAAGGUACCUGCUCAAGCUUUGCUGGACAAAACCAGUGGAGUUGUCCGCAACGAAGCUCCACCCCUGAACCUUGUGGAAAAUCUAAAUGGUUCUCCUCCUGUGGAGAAGUCGACAUCCGACAAGAGUUACGUCAGUCCCCUGCAGAAAGUCCCCCAGCCCGAGAGUCCUGCUCAGAAGCCGCCUGUGGUGCCAGCAUUUUCAGAUCUUCCCAAAGAUAACCAGGCUCCUCUUGGCAGCGCUCCCUCGGCUCAAACGUUGGUCAAGGAGCAGCAGUUGAAGGUGCCUGGCGAGACGAAAACCAGCAGCAAGCCUGACACCCCAAAGCCUGUAACUUUGGCAACCAAGGUUCAACCUGGAUCGUCAGCGCCACCUAAUGUUGCCCAUCCGAGCAAACUGGCUCCAAAUACCGUAAAGCCGACGAAUGUUGUCACUCAAGUUGAUGACAAAGGCGAUCUUCCAACCGCCACCCCUUCUGAGGGUGGCUCUGUCGGUACAACAAGCCCAUCCGAACAGUCGAAGCUUACGAGCACUGAACAGAAGGAAGCGCCGAAACAACCAUCAAGUGGUUUGGUGAACCCGGAUGUCGCUCAGAGUCCAAAAGAUGCGCCAACUGAUAAGGUCCCAACAAACAACAAACCCGACGCAGGCGAGCCACCUGAGCCGGCGAAGGAAGCACCCACUCAGGAUGAGGAGCCAAGGCCAGAGCUGAUCGGCAACCAGGGUGAGCUUCCUCCAGAAAAGACUUUGAGGCAGAGCCGUUCCCACGUUUAAAACACUGCCUUCCGU